AUGGAAAGUGCUCCGAAACCUCGAGUUUUGAUAGCAGGUGGUAGUAUCUCAGGUCAAUUCCUUGCCGUGGCUCUACAAUCUGCUAAUAUCGACUUCCUUGUCUUGGAGCGCGGCCCUGAAAUCGGUCCUCAGUUGGGUGCGUCAGUGGGGUGCCACCCGCACGGAAAUAGCAUUUUUGACCAGCUUGGUCUUUAUGAGGCCGUGGUAGCGCCUUCGACUCCAUUGGCUCAUGCACAGGCAUUUGACAAUAGGGGCAAUGUAGUCGAGUCCGAUAUCACUGUUAUAUCGGAGCAUCCCGCGAGGUUCGGCUACCCAGCUGUCUUUAUUCAAAGAUGUGACUUCAUCACCGCCAUGUACAACAAAGUCCGGGACAAAUCAAAGGUGCUCGUCAACAAAGCUAUCGUCGACUACAUUGAGGAUGAUGAGGGCAUUACUGUCUAUACUAGCGACGGCAGUAAUUAUAGAGGCACGAUUCUGAUCGGCGCGGAUGGUAUUCACAGCACUGUUCGUGGACUUAUGAAGAAAAAGGCCGAGGAGGCAGAGCCAGGAUCAGGCACCAAACUGGAGACGACCAAUAAUGGCAAACCGGGGUUCCUAACUGAGUAUAAAUGCUUGUUUUGCAUCUCGCGAACGAACGACAAGGAGUGCCCAAUGCCGGCUGGUGAAAGUUACUGGACGUACGGUCGUGACAACUCGACAACUGCUGUUUCAGGACAGCCAGGCCUGUUCUUCUGGUUCCUUUGGACAAGGACGGAUCCGGUGCAGGGAAUUCGGUCGCCUCGAUAUACAGAGAAAGACGCUGAAGAAUUCGUCCAGCAGUGGUCGAACCGAAAAAUGUGCGGCGACUGGACCAUCCGAGACGCUUGGAACGCCCGGGUGCGAGGUACGCUCGUGUCCCAGGAGGAGGGAAUCAUUGAUCAAUGGAGUCGUGGGAGAGUGGUAAUGGUCGGAGAUGCCAUUCACAAGAUGAGCGUCAACGCAGGCCUAGGCGCAAUGUGCGCUGUAGAAGGAAUCGUGCACUUGAUAAACGAGCUCUAUCCGAUCUUGUCUCCAAACUCGACAGACGAGCGACAUGGAGGGUCACCCAGCCAGGACACACUUGACAAGGCUUUCCAGGCGUAUCGAACAAAACACCUCAAACGGUUGACACGCAUCUAUAACCUCUCAUGCCAAGCCGUUCGAUUUGAAGGCCAGAGGACCCUGCUUUCACGAAUUGUUGCCAACUACGUCUUGCCUUGGUGUAGCAAUGCAGCACGUUUGUGGGUGUUCAAGGGUGUCCUUGGUGGUCAGCCUAUGCUUAAUCAUCUUCCACGCGAUAUGUCGAAGCCGAUCAACAAGAUACAAGCAUAG